UAUCUUCAGUUGAUUAUGAUUGAUCUGUCAGGACACCGCAUUGAGGAAAUUCCUGAGGUCCCACUGGUGGUUGAUGAUAAAGUUGAAGGCUACAAGAAGACAAAGGAGGCCGUGCUCCUGCUGAAGAAGCUUAAGGCCUGGAAUGACAUUAAGAAGGUCUACGCCUCUCAGCGCAUGCGUGCUGGUAAAGGUAAGAUGAGGAACCGUCGCAGAAUCCAACGCAGAGGGCCGUGCAUCAUCUACAACCAAGAUGCUGGCGUCACCAAAGCCUUCAGAAAUAUCCCAGGCAUCACUCUGCAGAACGUGAACAAACUGAACCUCCUGAGGCUCGCCCCUGGUGGUCACGUUGGACGCUUCUGCAUCUGGACUGAGAGCGCUUUCCGCAAGCUGGAUGAGCUGUAUGGCACCUGGCGUAAACCUGCCUCCCUGAAGGUCGACUACAACCUGCCAAUGCACAAGAUGACCAACACAGACCUGAGCAGGAUUCUCAAGAGUGAGGAGAUCCAGAAAGCACUUCGCGCACCUAACAAGAAGAUCAACCGCAGAGUACUGAAGAAGAAUCCUCUUAAGAACUUGAGGAUAAUGCUCAAACUGAACCCAUAUGCCAAAACAGCAAGACGUCAUGCCAUCCUCAAGCAUGACCCGGCGAUCAAGGCUAAGAUGCUGAAACCCAAGAAGAAGCCCGGAAAGAAGGGAGCACCAGCCAAACCCAAGGCAUAAAUUUAUACA